GACAGGUCAAAAUAUUGCCAAAAUUAUGGCUGGCAUUAGUAUUGAAGCUUUGUUAGGUAGAUUUAAAGGUUGCAUGCUGGGCGCAUUGGCUGGAGAUUGCCUAGGUGCGCCUUUUGAAAUGGAUAGCUCUGUGGCUCUGAGUGUUCUUAACAACUACAUCAACAAACUGGCUGACCCAAAAGUCAGAGUUCCCUACAAGGCAUUUACAGAUGAUACUGCCAUGACACAGUCUGUUGCUCAGUCUCUCAUUGAUGAGAAAAGCUUCUCUGAAGUUGACAUGGCUAAAAAGUUUGUGCGAGCAUAUUACAAAGAACCCAGAAGAGGCUAUGGGGCCAACAUUGUGAAUGUGUUUGCUGCCUUGAAAGCGACCAACUUCAAGGAUGUCUGGGCACCUGCAGCUCUUCAGUUUGAUGGCAGUGGCUCGUAUGGAAAUGGAGGUGCUAUGCGCGUGGCGCCCGUGGCGCUGUUCACGGCCGCUGCCAGUACUGAAGAAGCCAUCAACAUGGCGCGUGACUCAGCUCUCAUCACCCACAGCCACGCUCAGGGCUAUAAUGGCGCUAUCCUUCAGUGCUUGGCGGUGAGGAAUGCUCUCUUGUCUCCCUCGUCGUCCCUGAACCCACAAGAGUACGUCGAAGGCCUCAUCUCCACACUGUCUAAAAUGCGGAACCCGCGAGAGGAGGACCAGGAUUUAUGUAGCGAGGGUGAAGGACACGGUGGCUUUGUGGACUCCCUUCAUGUGCUGCAGGAGCUGCUGGGGCGCAGUGACCAGGUCACGCGGGAGGAGGUCGUCGAGAGACUCGGUAACGACGUGAGCGCCAUCAAUUCAGUACCUACGGCGAUAUAUGCCUUCCUGCGCGCUCUCCAGCCCAUACAAGGCAUUGAAAGUGACAGCGAGUUUCUGAGGUCGAUUGUAUACGCCAUCAGCUUGGGUGGUGACACAGACACCAUUGCUUCUAUGGCUGGUGCCAUUGCAGGCGCGUAUCACGGCAGUCAAGGAGUUCCCGAAUUUCUCGGGCGUCACUGUGAAGCCUGGGAAGGCGCCCUCCAACAGGCCGAGGAACUCCACAAGAUAGUUUACAAGAAUGACAAACCUUAAUGUUAGCUUCUGAGACCUGAGAUUUAACGAUUAGUAAGAUGACUUGACGAGCGCUUGACCUGAAGAUAUCAAAUGCAGAAUUGGCCAUAGCAGAUUCUAAAUUUUUUAUCAAACACUAAUUAUAUUUGUCAAAUUUGAUUCUGUUACAGUCGCAAUUGGUUGUUGAAUGAGUAGGGAAACAUAGUAAAAGAGAGAGUUGGAGGUUUUAAUUUCAUAAACUGCGAAAUGUUAUAAAGCUUAUUAUAUAAAGUGUUACCACCUGGAGUUAUUUCGUUAAGAACUUGCUGACCAAGAGCCCAUGAUCUUUACGUGAUGCGAAAAUAACCUGGAAGAAAUAUGUACGAUCUGUCUUGAGGAAAUUUUAUUUCAGAAUACCGUUCGUACUUUGUAACAAUUAGGGUUUAGGAUUCUAUAGUACUGGACUAGAUCUUGCUAAGUAUAACUACCAUGAUCGUUGCCGAAGAAUUUCUCCGCCCAACUGCUAAGAAACUACUUAACCAGGAUACAACAUACACGAACGAAUGUGAGGCAAGAUUUUGCACUUACGACCAAUAUUAAGUAAACGAAAGGUCGCGGUGCGUGAAGAUAGUUAUAAAUUUUUUCUUGCAAGAUAGCUGCAGAACGCGCGGGUCUCAGCCGAUAAUUCUAUCCCUGCUCUACAACUUUUCAUAAGCAUUUACACGUUUCGAACUCAAACUUUUUCAACUAACAUUUUAAGGAACAGUUAUUGCUCCGUGUAGUGUCAUUAUUAUUAUUAUGUCAUAAGACCCACUCGAACAGUAUUAUCAACUACUUAUACAGUCUAACUUACAUAAUCAACAAGACAACUGAAUCAAACGCAAUUUCUUAAUGGAAGAAAUCUACAACCACUUCUUGAUGAAGUUGAUGAGACCGUUGGUGGAGGAGUCGUGCGACGACACGGGCGUGUUGUCCUGUAGCUCGGGCUCUAUGGCUUUGGCCAACUGCUUGCCCAGCUCCACACUGCGGAAUAAUGUAUUUAUUUUGCGCGCACAAAUAUAUUGCUUAAAUAAGCCUAUUCUUGCGAGAGAUGUGGAACGAUUUGGCCAAUCAUUGUCCAAUCUGUCGGACCAGGUCAUAAAUAAUGACAAUUUUCGAGCCUAUCGAGGCUCGAAUAUUGCAAUAAACACAUACUGUUAUUCCGUGUUUUAUAUUGCAUUCGGUAGAACUACAAUUUUUCGUCAAAUCUUGAACUUGAAUUUUCAAUCAAUUUUUAUGUUUAACAGUAUUCUAAAACUUCUCAUAUAUACCAACUAAUUGUAAUCUUCGAACGUUUCUAGAUCUCUGACUCGUAGAUUUGCAUUCAGUCUACAUUGUGAAUAAUGAAAAAAAACGCGCGCGCGCAUUUAUCACUGUUCCCCUUUCAGUACGAAGAAAAAAGACAAUUGUUGGAAAUGUCUAAUAAACUGAAGAAAAAAUUA